CGAGUAGCGAACUAAAGCUUCAGUACUUCGGAACGCUUCAUUUGGCCAUCACCAGUAUUAUAUCUAAAUCUUUCACUUUCCUAUUGCUAAUACAAUUCUAAUCUUUCGGUAAUGAUUUGCUUCCAGACUAAUGCCAUUACCGUUUCUAACAGUGAUGUGCGCACUCCUUGCGUAGCCUCAGAUUUCACUUCCUGUUUACGUUCCGUAAAAGACGUCACGUCGAUAAGGUUAGAGAAACCGUUUCAAAACCUAAACAGCAGAGAAGUUGAAAAAUAUCCCCUCAUUACUGAAACACGUCCUGCCCCACUUGCAGACUGGAGCUCCGGUGCGAGAGCGGGACGUACGGUUUGAGCUGUAUCGCUCAGAUUUAAGAACGAAGCAAGCUAGCCGGGCUGCUAAGCGAAGCUAACGCUAAUAUUUGAAAGCUAGGUAUUUGAAAACGAAAACGAUACAACUUCAAGACAGUGCCCAGUUUCUUCAAGGAUGGAGAGCAAAUACAACCUUAAGAGUCCAGCGGUGAAGAGGCUGAUGAAGGAGGCUGCUGAACUGAGGGAUCCCACAGAGCACUAUCAUGCCCAACCACUAGAAGACAAUCUCUUUGAGUGGCACUUUUCUGUUCGUGGUCCUCCAGACUCUGAUUUUGAUGGUGGGGUUUACCACGGCAGGAUCAUACUUCCCCCGGAAUACCCCAUGAAACCUCCCAGCAUCAUCCUACUCACACCAAAUGGGAGAUUUGAAGUUGGGAAGAAGAUUUGUCUGAGCAUCUCUGGCCACCAUCCCGAGACCUGGCAGCCCUCUUGGAGUAUUCGCACUGCCCUCAUAGCUAUAAUUGGAUUCAUGCCAACAAAAGGAGAGGGUGCCAUUGGAUCUCUCGAUUAUACUCCUGAAGAGAGGAGAGCCCUUGCCAAAAAGUCCCAGGACUUCUGCUGUGAGACCUGUGGCUGUACCAUGCGCUCUGCCCUCCUGGAUCUAACCCCCAAUAGCAACCCUGGUGCUGAAGACCAUACGGCUAAAGAACUGGCUCAGCAAAUCAACUUUAAGGCAGAGUCCAGUUUAUCCAGAGAAUCUAGUGAGAUUGAAGGAGGAGAAAGUGAACCUUCAACCCACACCCAGGGACCCUCCUCUGCAAGCCAAGAAGCUGAAAAAGACCAGGCCGAACAGGUAGAGGCUUCUCAGUCCACAAGAGCGGAAGCACUUCAGACACCUACAACCCCCACAAGUUCUGAUCGUCCUCUCAGCCCCAGGCAACGUCGCGCCCAGCAGACCCAAAGAGAGUCAGCAGCCAGCAGAGCAGUUUUCACACCAGUUCAUCAGCCUCAGGAUGAAAGCCACACAGGCUCUGCAGUUCUCAUUGUGGUGCUCACUCUGGCUUUGGCUGCACUCAUCUUCCGCAGGAUCUACCUUGCACAUGAGUACAAGUUUGACUAUGAUUUGUGACCUUCCUCCUGAGUCAACCGCUCGUACUACCAACUCCACAGAACUUUAAUUAGCUGAAGCAGAACCAGAGGUGAGGCAGUGGCUAACAGUGACUACAGCUGCCCUCCCUGGCUGUCCACAGCGGGUUCAGCCUCCACUUAGGGGGAACUUUCAUUCCUCUAAUCGCUAGAACACCUCCAGGGUGUCUUUAAUUCAAUGUGAAUUUUACUUUCCAGAGCAUCUUGCAUUUUUAUGAAUGGGAAGCUUCAUUGUUUGUGACCUGUUAAACCACACACACAACAUGUCCCCUUCCAUAGAAAUUGUCAAUCUUACGGCUGCUGACUGUUUCCAGUAUUGAAAUAACAGAGUAACGUAAAAUGACAACAACAUAGGAUCAGGGGCAGUUGUUGUCUCAUACUAAUUAUUUGAUCAAGAAAGCAUCUGCACAAAUUACAUGUGCUAUUAUGACUUCAUCAUGUGUUUUAUCUUCCUGCAAGGUCAGCUUGGUCACAGUGCACAGGGCUCUGUUUUAAUGGUUUAAGGCUAACAACAAGCACAAAGUUAAUGUGGACAAUUGUUUUAAUUGCAUGGGGGCAUGCAGAACAAUCUGAAUAGCAGAAGCUGCAGCUGCAUCACCGUGUGUCCUGCUACCUUUAGGUGACUGCGGGGAUUUAAUAGACUGAUGUGGAAGCUUUCUGCACACUGUAAAACACCAGUAGUUCAGACAAGGACCAAGACAAAUAUUAAAAAACAAAAUUUAAUAAAUUAAUCUAAAUACAGUACAACAGAGCCUUAUGAUAAAAAGCGUGGACUAUAACACAGUCUAUUCCUUUAUAGGUAUAGUGUGUUUUACUGAUACCUGUACCAAUAUCCUGUGCUAUAAUCACUGUAAUUUGUGUCUGUGUAUUUAUUUGAAAAGAAUACAAAAAGAGUAUUUAAAAUGUUUAAACUGAGAUUUCUUUCUUCAUUUCCCCCAAAUACAAUAAAUUUAUACUCAUCUUAUACAAA